UUCAAGGUUAUUUCAGUUUUUCUUUUUGGGGGUUAAUUCCCGCCGUGUUCUUUUUAAUGCAAAAAUUUAAUAUAAAAUCAAAUAAUUACUGUUUUAAUGUUUUCAUUUUAUAUAAGUAAUAUUUAGUGAUCAUAAACGAACUAGUGUCAUCAUUUUUAUAGAUUAAUUUCCUUCUGGCACUUCACAGUAAGAAGACUAACCUCAAAUUUUAAACUCUGCAAGGAAUCAUGCCGAAACGAAGACGAAGUUCUACAGCAAGUAUUUCUUCUAAACGGCCAAAAUUUAUUGACCAUGUUAGUCUGCCAAGUUUAACCAAGGUUGGUAAAGUCCUAGCUACAGGAGCUGGGGAUUUUGGACAAUUAGGUUUAGGAAGUGAUAUUUUGGAGAAAAGCAGACCGGCUGUAGUGCCUAUUACUCAUGAAAUUGUUGAUAUUUGUGCUGGUGGAAUGCACACUGUGUGUUUAACAAAAGACGGGAAGGUUUUGACAUUUGGUUGCAAUGAUGAAGGAGCACUUGGAAGGGAAACAGCUGAUAAAGAGGAUGCUGAAUUUAUUCCUGGAGAAGUUAAUCUUCCUGAUCGAGUCAAGCAAGUUUCUGCAGGUGAUUCACAUACAGUAGCACUACUUGAAGAUGGAAGAGUAUUUGCAUGGGGAACUUUUAGGGAUUCACAUGGAAACAUGGGUCUAACAUUAAAAGGAAAUGAAAAAUUACCCUAUGAAAUCCUCCCUCACCACAUUGUUAUCAAAAUAGCCUCUGGAGCAGAUCACAUAGUUUUCUUGACUCAAUUUGGUGAGGUUUAUACAUGUGGUUGUCCAGAACAGGGCCAAUUGGGAAGGACAAGUGAAAGGGGAAGUGAUCGAAAUUGUAGGACAGGCUUUUCAAAAUUUCUUCAGCCAGCAAUUAUUAAUGUCAAGCCAAGCUUGAAAUUGAAGUUUGAUAACAUUUGGGCUGGAACAUAUAGCACAUUUGCUAAAGUUGAGCAAAAAAACGAUAUUUAUGUAUUUGGUCUUAAUAAUUACAAUCAGAUAGGUCUAAAAUCUCAAAAUGCAGUCUUUAGUCCUAAGCUAUCAAAAGAAUUUUCAAAAUUCAAAUGGAAUAUAAUUUGUUGUGCUCAACAUCAUACAAUAGCCCUUGAUGAAGAUGGAAAGACUUAUGCUAUUGGGAGAAAAGAAUAUGGAAGGUUAGGACUUGGAAAGGAUUGUGAUGAUGCUACAGAAUUGACUGAAAUUCCUUUUCUUAAAAAUAAGAAAGUUGUCAACAUUGCAUGUGGCUCUGCAACUUCUUUUGCUGUACUUGAUGUUGGUGAGUUAUAUGGAUGGGGUAUGGGAACUGUUGGCCAAUUGGGCACUGGUGAAGAAGAGGACUGUUAUGAACCGACCCUUAUUAAAAGCAAGCAGCUCGCUGGUAAACACGUGUUUAGGGUGAGCAGUGGAGGACAACACACUAUAAUAUUAGCUUCAGAAGCAAAUGGAAACAACAAUCAACCACAACCAGAAAAUGAACAGUUACAAGAUGGAGACGAGGGCGAUUCUGUGUCUGCAGGCGCGUAAUAUUUAUUUUUUUCAAAUAAACUUAUUUUUGUUUGUAUGAUAUGUUUGAAUGGUGAAUACAGUGAAGAUAUGGUCAUUAACGUGGUAACUGUUGAUUAUAACUUCCUUUACACAAGUCUUAUUGUAAAUAACCAAAAUUAGGGUAAAAUAGACAAUUUCAUUUAUAGCAUUCUCUCAUUUUAUGUUUUAGAAAUUAUGAUUGUGUCCAAGACACAAUUUUUGUCAAAAAGCAAUAACACUGUUUACUUGAAAACGUAAUUAGUAUGUUAAUGUUUUGUUUUCUGCCAAUGUAGGUAAUUAAAAAUUAAUACAUUUCAUUUUAAUUAUCAUACUUCAACAUCGUCAUUCAAAUAAGUAUUAAUCAUUAAUACUAUGGAAUUAAAGUUCUUCCUAAUUGUUUUAAACACCAGGUUAAAAUGACUUAAUUAAAUUUAUUUUAGUUUAAAACCUUCGUAUCUAUUUCAGAUAUUAGUAGUAUUUACUUAUUUGUUUAUAUUUCAUCAAAAUUAAUUUCAUCCGAUCUUUUAAAUGCAACUGGGUGUAGUUGUAUUUGCAUUUGUUUUGUGUUUUAUGAAAUAAAAAUUAAAAUUGUGAAUAACUGUUUUACUAGUUCAAAAAGGUGAGGAAAUACUAUCAUAAAAAGUGUUUGAAAUUGCAAGUACUUGCCCAUUUUCCCUAUCUUUUGUCUACACAGAUAAAAGUACACAUUUUAAAAGGAAAAUAGCAUUUUAUUAUGAUACCGUUAUAAUAAUUUUUAUCAAUAUGUUAAAAGAAAUUUCGAGAUUUUUGGGAAAUAUUCACCAAAAAUUUCGUCCUCAUCCAUAUCUGAAUCAGUAGUUAUAAUAUCAAUUUCAGAACUAUCCAUGCUUGUCUCCCAUUCUUCUGAACUUGAAUCAGAAUUAUCAUUAUUUGGUGUUUGCUGCCAUUCUGUACCAGGUAACUCUAAAUUACUGA